AUGGUCACCACGCAAGCCUUCAGCGCCUCUAAAACUAUCUCAAAAAGUGCCCUGAAUGGCUGGUACCCGUGUUCUGAGUACACAUUCUCGGAUGCAGGUAGCUCGACGGGUCUAGACGCUGAAUGCGCUGUGUACAGUGCACCGUUGUGCUAUCCUGAAAUUUGCGAAACUCCUCAGGGUGUCAACUCGAAAGUUGACAUUUUUGUUAAGCGUUUACCCGCAGCCAACCCCGCCACUGCAGCCAAUGUAUGGAUGCUUCAAGGUGGCCCAGGGUCAUCGUCCGCAAGCUGUAAACGGAUAUGGUGA